GUGCCGAUCAAUUACACUAUCAUCACGGGCCUGAUGAUUCCGUUGUUCGCAGAUGCAUACUGGGCAAUAUAUGAUUGGCGUAUCGACAGCGCUGUGGACCUAUCGGACCAACACAGCCAGCUAGGAAACAACGACCGUGAGAAAGUAUGAAUAUAUCUGCUUUGAUAACGUCCUCACUGACUGUGACGUUCCGUUGCCCCGAUGUUAUCUGUCACUUUCAAAGCUUCCACACGGUCACUGCGCUUUGCGUCAACCGCAGGUCACAGUUUGCGGUCUGCAGUGGGCCUGCGUCAAUUCCAUGGAUCCCUGAAGUCCCAAGAGCACUACUUAAAUGCUGAUGAAAAGACUUUUGAAAAAGUCGCUUUGAACCCUGCCAAUGAAAAGGCCGUCCUGGUUGACUUUUAUGCAGAGUGGUGCAACCCUUGCAAGAUGAUUUCGCCCCUACUUGAAAAAUUGACCAGUGACGAGACAGUGAAAACUGGUAGCGGCCGUUCGCUUGACUUGGUCACAGUGGACACAGACUCAGAGUUCGACUUGGCAACAAAAUACAAGGUGCGGGCGCUACCCACAGUCAUAGCAUUCAAGGAUGGCCAGAAGGUUGACCAGUUUGUUGGAGCCCUGAAUGAAGAUGGCAUUCGCCAGUUCAUAGCCAAGUUAUAGGAGACAUGUAGCGUCCUUACAUG